ACAUUUAAAGGCUAAAAUGCUAAAUUCAAUUUCAUUUUAGAGGCGUGAGAAAUGAGAAUAAAAUGAAAUAAAACAAACAACGAAACUGUUCUAGGAUAAGAUUCUUGUAAGAGUUGACAGAGAGCACGCAAUAUUAAUACCUAGUAACUCUCCCAGUGGACAUUCUUACAGUAAAGUGGGACUCUAACGAACAUAAAUUGUUGAUGGUCGCAGCGGCUUGUGUUGACAUAUGAGGUGUUGGUGUUUCGCGGGUCCUGUGUCGCGGGAAGUGCGCCGUGCCGAGGGGGAUGGCUCUCGGGGGCUCCGCGCUGCUGCCGCACGCCACCAUGCUGGACCAGCUGUUGGAGGAGAUCAACUUUCAGCGCACCAAAGAAAUGCGCCAGUUGAUGAAAGAUGACUCGGGGUUCGUGGUGCUGCAGGGGACCACGUACUGGACGGACCUGUUCGUGCGCCACUUCCUGUUCCAGGAGGAGCGCUCCAUCGACUGCGACGACCUGCUGUUCUUCGUGCGCAAACGACACGUCAAAGGCACCUCGCGGUACCUGCCCAAGUAUGAGACGGAGGUGGAGGUGUUCCGCAAGGACUCGCGCAAGCUGCCCAUCGGCGACCCGGAGAUCGACUGGGAGGAGACGGUGUACCUCAACCUCGUGGUGCACCAGUUCGACUACACGCUGACGCUGGCCAUCUGCACGCGCACCAGCCCCAAGGAGCUGCAGGUGCUGCGGCGCCACUCGCAGAAGGUGUACGCGUCCCCCAGCCGCCGCAAGAUGGACACCAAGGGCGAGGGCGAAGAGAUGACCUACCCCCACAUCUGCUUCAUGGUCGACAACUUCGACGAGGUAUUCUGUGACAUCGUGGUCCGAGACGGUGAGAUGGUGUGCGUGGAGCUGGUGGCCAGAGGCCGCGGCGGAGCGGCUCAGGCCGUCAUCUUCCUCGGCUCCAUACGAUAUGACGCCCUCACGAGAGUCUACGACGCGAGGCAAUCGUCUCUGUCGACGAAGGUGGCGCAGCGCAUGUCGUUCGGCCUGCUGGGCCGCGCGUCGGCCGCCGCGCGCUGCGAGUUCGUGCGCAUGAAGGGCCCCGGCGGGAAGGGACACGCCGAGGUGGCGGUGUCGCGGCCGCGGUCGUCGGGGAUCCACACGCCCAGCUCGGAGCCCGGGCUGGCCGCGUCCGAGCUGUGGGACAGCGACUGGGACGAGGACCCUGACGAACUCUUCCUCUACCGAAACCAGCGUCGUCUGAGCGACCCCAGCGCGAACAUCACGACGUUCGUGCGCGGCGGCUGGCGCGCGCGGGACAAGGACCACGACAAGAGUCGCUCCGAGAACGAGGGGCUCGACUCGCUCUCCGACGGUUUCGCGGAGGUCGAGGCGGGCGACUUGCGGGACGGGCGGCGGGCUCCCUCGGUGCGGUGGCGCGGCUGCUGCGCGGCGGGCGCGCGGCGCGACGCCGACAUGCGCGACGUGUACCGGCGCGCGCCGCCCGACCUGUUCCCCGCCUGCCUGCACACCGUGUCCCCGCGCCGCCGCGUGGCGCGCAAGGCCGCGCAGCCGCCGCCGCUGCGCCCGCUGCACGUGCCGCCUCCGCGCCGCGCCGCCUCCGACGCCGAGUGCGAGCUCGCGUGCGACGCGUGCUGCCUCGACGGCUGCGCGACUGCCACUCCUCCUCGAGUGCUGACCGAGCGAGUCGCCUCCCUGACCGUCCGGGGCGAGGAGGAGCUACCCUGCGACAUGGCCGACGAGAGGCAGGGUGCGGGCUCGGAGAAUGCAGGGGCGGGCGCGUGGAGCGGCGGCGCGCGCGCGUACGUGACGCUGCCGCGGCGGCGCGGCGUGGCGGCGGCGCUGUUCCGCGCGCAGACGCUACCGCCGCGCCGCACCACGCCCGACGGCACCGACAUCUACUACUGGUGCGACCUGCCGCGACGGAAGCACACUGAGCUGGACGACGGCGCCUACAACCCGCUGUGGGCGAUGCGCGGGUUCACGCAGACCUUCCACCUGUGGAAGGAGGGGCGGCGCGCGCAGUCCGCGCCGCUCAACGCCUUCCUCACCUACGUCACGCUGCCCUGGUGGAGCAUCGCCAAAGAUAUCCUGGACCACCGCGAGGAGCCCAUCCUGACCUUCUGAGGCCACUAUAUGUCCAUCCAUCACUCACUGUGACACUAUACGGACAUUCCAAACAUAUUACAAUUAUUAUAUUGUUUUGAAUAUAUAAUGGCGUCGAUUCUUUUGUCUUUCACUAAACUGAAUUUAGAGUAUCUGCAUCUUUUUCUUUUUAAUACUUCUAAAGAAGAACGGAAAAUUAAUUCUUUUAAGACUUAGUUUUAGUGCUACUGUAUAAAAUAAACCACGAGACUGGCACCUAAAGUCCAAACUAACCUAAACCUAAAAUAAACAUAAAGUAAACCUAAAACCUGACCUAAAAAGUAAACCUAAAAUUUACAUAGUUUAUCUCUUAUUGCGUUUUGUAAAAAAAAAAGAUGUGAAUACUUUAAAAUUUAAUUGCCUUUAGAAUCGGUACCAGUGUUAUGUUAAAAUUUAAGUCAUUAUGAAUGAUCUCAUGUACUUAAACUCACAAAAUUGUUUUUAAGUAAUGUAUUUAUAUUAUUUUUUAGUAACUAAUAAAUUGUAUGUAAAUGUGGAAUUUUAAAAAUAAUCGUAACUUGUUUACCAUUUAUUUAUUUCUCUUAAUUCAAUAAAUAUGGCCUAAAACUUUAUACCUAAUUAAAUCAUAAUAUUGCAGGUUUUUAGAAUUAAAAUAACAGUUGUAAGAAACUGUAUAUUUAUUAUAUAGACAGGUGUCUAGACGGCCACAAGCGGUCGUUAUCUUGCCACAAGCUUUUAUUGGCUUUUAAAAUCUAUUGAAGUUCAAAUUUUAAUGAAAUAACUUGGAUUGUGGGCGUAUUUUUUUUUUGAUCAAACGGCCGUGUGUCUAGACACUGCCUAUACUAUUGUAUUCAGCAUCUUUGUUUAAUUCGCUACCAUCGUUUUCGUUGUAGGAAUAGCAGUGUGGUGUUUUUACACUUCACCAACGUUGAUAGAGACACAGUAAAGUCAGCGUAAAAUGGACCUAAAAUGCCAUGACUGUUAUAAAUCCGAAAGUGUGAUUGCUUGUUCGAUAGUUUGUCCUUCAAUCACGUCGCAGCGGAGCAACUUUCUUUUUUCCCUGGAUACCGUUAAAUACCUGGGGAGUGGCAAAAGACCACUACCCAAAAAAUCAAAAAGUGCCCGCGGAAUUAUUAAACACCUAAAUCCAGGCCGACGAAGUUGCGGUCUUCAGAUGUUUUAUACUAAUUGUAAUGUCAUGACAUAAUAUUAUUUUGUACGGGCUUUUGAUUUGAAUAAUUAUAACCAAAAUCACCAUGAAUUAUCCUUAAAGCGCAUGUAUACCUAGUUAUUUUUAGAUACUUAAGUUAACAUAAAUAAAGAAACGAAUAUGACUUAUUUUGUAAUUAAAAAAGUUCAAAAUAUAAUAUUAUGUACUUAAUUAAUUAUUAUUAAUGUAACACAUAUUUAAUCAUUCGAUGGUCACUAAAUACGAAGUGAAAUUAUUUUACGUAAAUUUAUUAUAUAAUUUUUAGUUUAUUACGUAAAAUGAUUGAUUCAAAGUAAUAAUAUUUUACCAUGAAAUGUGUGUGUGUGUGUGUGGUGUGUUCUAUGAAUGGAUUUUGUUUGUGUAUCAACCAAAAGUGGAACGCAAACGAUAUUGCCUUAUGAUAUGUAACAGAUUGAAUUAAACGACAAAGCUGUGAGUGGCCAUAAACGGACAACUCGAAGUAGUCAGCCUCGGCGGACCGCUUCAAGCUGCGACUGUGAAUCACGAAUUUUCCGUCACUGUCAUGAGGUGGAUUUAUACCAAUCGCGCAUUCUAUCAGCACUAUGUGAAUUGUAGUUUUCGUGGUCUCCUAGUGUUCACUCUGUAUGUGUAAAUGAAGAGUAAUUAUUAUUGACGUUUACAUUAACUAAAGUAUCAGGAAUAUAAAGAAAGUGAUGCUCUUCAAAUGUCCAAAGUAAUGGUCCGAACGCAUUUGCGCUGCGCUUUACAAACAAACAAACAUCCAAUACUAACUCAUAUAAACCACUACUGGCCGCGCAGCGCAGCUCAAGUAGCCCUGGGACUUUACUCAGGUUCUAUGUUCAUGUAGGCGCUCCACCCACGUCCGACAAUCGGUGAACGAUUUUUUGCCGGCAAGAUGAAACAUACAGAAACGCACACGAAAAAUUAAAUUCCUUUAAAAAUAUGAUAAAACUCGGCGAAAUUAUCGGCUCGAACUUUCUAAAAAUUUGACGUGGGCAGAGCGCCCUUAGUCUAAAUCCACCUACAAAAGUCAAUAGCAUUGACAACAACUGCUCGAUCGAUCCGGUUCGUUGUUCGACGAUCAGCUGCUGCCUGUGUUGGGCCGCUCCAAGCCGAAACCUCUACAACGCAUUUGACUUUUCUCAGACUUAAGAUAGAGUUAAAACGAGACAGACCUACAUAGUUAUAUAUCUCUGCAUAAAUCUGUCUCGUUUUAACUCGGUCUUAAGUCUGAGAAAAGUAAAUGCGCUAUAGAACUCAAUUCUCAACCUAUAAGAUUGUGUUGUACGAGUAUGGUGUAAAGUUAGUCAACAUAUUCUAGUCACUACUGGACUGUGAAUUAUAAUAUUUUUAUGAUGUGAUGAAUAAAAUCUGUAAUACUCGAA